GGAGCUUUUGGUCGCGGCGACCGCCGGUUGGGUCGCCGAGGGCGGAGUGGGGCUGCGCUGCAGCAGACGCGGCCAGGUCGGAAGGACCGGACUUCCGCCCCUUCCGGACUGUGAAGCGGAGGCAUGGAGAAAUGGUCUUUUGGGGCCAGAGUCUGGGUAUAUAUGAAUGCAAAGCCUCACCCAUUCACAGAUAAACCCAGGAAUCUUGGCUGACAGGAUCGCUUUGCUGUAGGCCAUUUGCCCAGGUCUUCUAAGUUCAUUCCCUACACUGAAUUAGAUCAACGGAAAAAAACAGCUUAUGUGAAGUCGGUACAGAAUGAGCACAUGUUGUUGGUGUACGCCUGGUGGUGGUUCCACCGUUGACUUCCUACAGCGCUAUGCAGCCAGGACCCAUACCAGUGAAUUUCAAACAGCUGAUGAAGACCUCUGCUAUUGCUUGGAGUGUGUGGCUGAAUACCAUAAAGCAAGAGAUGAAUUGCCAUUCUUGCAUGAGGUUUUAUGGGAAUUAGAAACUUUACGUCUCAUAAAUCAUUUUGAAAAAUCCAUGAAAGCAGAAAUUGGAGAUGAUGAUGAAUUAUAUAUAGUAGACAACAAUGGAGAAACACAUUUGUUCGACUUUACUGGCCAAGACUUUGAAAAUAAGCUUCGAGUUCCUCUUCUUGAAAUACUGAAAUAUCCUUACCUACUUCUACAUGAGCGUGUUAAUGAAUUAUGUGUCGAAGCACUUUGUCGAAUGGAACAAGCCAAUUGCUCCUUUCAGGUUUUUGACAAACAUCCAGGAAUCUAUCUGUUUUUGGUCCAUCCCAAUGAAAUGGUUCGGCGUUGGGCUAUUCUGACUGCAAGAAACUUGGGAAAAGUGGACAGAGAUGAUUAUUAUGACUUACAGGAGGUUUUAACUUGCCUUUUUAAAGUCAUUGAGUUGGGGCUUUUAGAAAGUCCAGACAUUUAUACAUCUUCUGUCCUGGAGAAGGGUAAAUUGAUUCUUCUCCCAUCGCACAUGUAUGAUACUACUAACUACAAAAACUACUGGCUAGGUAUUUGCAUGUUGCUGACCAUUCUUGAAGAACAAGCCAUGGAUUCUCUGCUGUUGGGCUCAGACAAACAAAAUGAUUUUAUGCAAUCAAUACUUCACACCAUGGAAAGGCAAUCAGAUGAUGAUAAUGUGGACCCUUUCUGGCCAGCAUUACACUGUUUCAUGGUCAUUCUGGAUCGCCUUGGGUCUAAGGUCUGGGGUCAACUUAUUGAUCCUAUUGAAGCAUUUCAGACCAUUAUCAACAAUGUGAGCUACAACAGAGAAAUCCAGAAUAUACGGAACAGCUCUGUAAGGACCAAGUUAGAACCAGAGUCAUACUUGGACGAUAUGGUGACUUGCAGCCAGAUUGUAUACAAUUAUAAUCCUGAAAAGACAAAAAAGGAUUCAGGGUGGCGGUCGGCCAUUUGCCCAGAUUAUUGUCCUAACAUGUAUGAAGAAAUGGAAACAUUAGCCAGUGUGCUUCAGUCAGAUAUUGGUCAAGACAUGCGUGUUCAUAACAGCACAUUUCUAUGGUUUAUCCCUUUUGUUCAAUCCCUCAUGGAUCUUAAGGAUUUGGGUGUGGCUUAUAUAGUAGAGGUUAUUCAUCAUCUGCACUCUGAAGUCAAAGAUGUUCUCAACCAAAGAGAUGCUGUGUGUGACAAAGUCACUGAAUUUUUUCUUCUAAUUUUGGUGUCAGUGAUUGAACUGCACAGAAAUAGAAAAUGUUUGCAUUUGCUGUGGGUUAGUUCACAGCAGUGGGUGGAAGCUGUUGUAAAAUGUGCCAAGCUGCCUACCACUGCAUUUGCACGGAGUUCUGAGAAGUCAUCGGGAAAUUGUGCCAAAGGAACCGCAAUGAUAUCAUCUUUGUCGUUGCAUUCCAUGCCAUCUAACUCUGUACAACUUGCUUGUGUACAGCUGAUUAGAAGUCUCCUUAAAGAGGGUUAUCAGCUUGGGCUACAGAAUCUUUGUAAGCAAUUCCGGGAUAAGCUCAACUUUUUCCUGCGAGGAAAUUUAUCUCUCGGUUGGCAGCUGACUAGUCAGGAAACCCAUGAGUUACAAACUUGUCUAAAGCAAAUUAUUAGAAACAUAAAAGUCAAAGUACCUCAGUGUAGCACUUCUGUGGAUCUGACUCUUGCAUGUAAAAGUCCUCCUGCAUCUUACAGUAAAGAAGAAACUGAACAAAUAGGGAAGAAGUUUAAAAAAGAUACACAUUAUCUGGAAAAUUCUAGUCCAACAUUUUCUAAAGAACCAAUGAAAGCUGACACAUAUCAAGUACAAGAGGGUAUAUUGAUAAAAGCAAGUAAAACUGUGGCAGAGGACAAUGAGCAAAAUUAUGUAAAGGAUUCCAAACUAGAAGACCAUCUCUUGGCUGAAUCAUGCUUAAAACAGACUAAAAGACUUUUUACUGAAAGAGCUCAAGAUCAAGCUAAAAUAAAUACGGGGAAGCAGAAGUCUGUAAAAGAGAAUUCUGCACAUAUACCACGGAAUAGUACUUUAAGAAAUGGUCCAGAAAGGGGAUGUGACAGAGGAGUGAUAAUAUCAACAUGUAUGUUGACUGAUUCUAGCAUUGAUGCCCUGGAAAAUGUGUCCACAUCAAAUGAGGAUUUUACUUUAAAGGAUGAUGCUCUUAGUAAAACCUCAAAACCCAAAACUAAGGCACAGAAAGAUGAGAUCUGUGCUAAGUUAUCACAUGUAAUAAAGAAGCAAUGCCAGAAAAGUACUUUGGCCAAUAAUGCAAUCAGUUUAGAAGAAAACCUGAUUGUAUCUAACAUUGAGAGUUCCUAUCCAAGGAAAGAUACCGGAGAUCAGAACGGGGAUGGCUUCAUAUACAAUCUGUCUUUAGACCCUGUUGGUAUUCUGGAUGAUAAUAAAAGUGGAGGACAAAAAUUUCAAAAUAGUUUAUUGCUAAAAAAGAAACAGGUAAAGAUUGAGAAAUUAGAUAUUUUCUCUUCCCAUGAAAACAGUCGUCAGAUACAGGAAAGCCAUGUUGAUGGUAAAGACUUGAUCUCAUUUACAGAUGUGACCAAUACUUCAGUGAAGAGAACACCUUCCUUUAAAGAUACUGUGACUGUACUCGAAUCAAAGAAUAGGGAGAUGAGUAAGAGUACUGAUCAGGUUUCUUCUUACUUGCCAAGAGAACAGACCUCUGGCAUCAGUCCUAAAUCUGAAACCUUAACAGAUUCUCAGAUAGACAGAGACCUCCAUAAAUUGUCUUUAAUAGCUCAAGCCAGUGUUAUUAAGUUUCCAUCUGAUUCAAAUAAAAAAAAGAACUCAACUCAGCUACAAAGAAAAGUAAAAGAUGAUAAAAGAUGUUUCACAGCUAACCAAAAUAAUGAAUCUACUUUGGUCAAGGAAUCUUGCCGGGAACAGAUUAUUAUUAUUUCAGAUUCUGAUGAUGAUGAUGAUGAUGGAGAUGGAGAUCAAAGAAUUCUGGGUUUUGAAAAACACACUAAAAUAGACAAAAUAUGCAUUAAGAAAGAAUAUCCAGAGCAGCAUGCUUCAAGAGUUAAUAGUAGUGUGGAAAAAAAGCUAAUAAAAGAGGAAGGAACAAUGUUCGAGGAAUCUGAGUCUCAGAUUUUUGAGUUUGAAAGUCCAAAUGAGGUAUUUUCAGUUUGGCAGGAUCAUAAACCAGAUGACAGUUCAGUUCAAGAGGUUGCAGAAAAAUCAUAUUUGACUCAUAUAGCUGAUAUCACAAAUAAUUGGGGUUAUGAUACAGAUUUUGUACCUGAAGAGGUUAUUAAAGAAGUAGCAGAGAGUGUUGAAGAACACGCAGAACCACAGAGUAGUAGUAUUUCUGUUGAGAAAUUUUGUGAAAUGGAAGUAAAAUCCAAGAGAAAACGAUUUGAAAAAGCUAUGGCUGAAGAUCCCCUGAGGCCUUCAUCUUCUGUCAGAAAUGAGGACCAGUUUGAUGUUCUGAAUGAGAGAGAUCUUACUGAAACUGGUUUUGAAGGUACAGAUAUAAGGACUGCAACUCCCAAUUCAAGCAUUCAGAAAGCCACUGCAGCUUCACUAAAGAAGUCUUCUCCAAAGCUUCGUACUUACUCAAAACCCAUUAGGAAAGUCCCAGUUUCUAAAACUCCUAAGAAAACACAUUCAGAUGCCAAAAAAGGGCAAAGUAAAAGUUUGAAUUACAUAAGUUGUAGGACAACUCCUGCUAUAGUUCCACCAAAGAAAUUUCGCCAGUGUCCUGAACCAACUUCAACAGUAGAAAAACUUGGUUUGAAAAAGGCCCCACGGAAGGCAUUUGAUUUAUCUCAGCAGUCUUUAGAGUGUUUGAAUCAAUUACGUGAUUAUGGCAAAACUGUUGGAGUAGUUGAUACCCGAAAAAAGGCUAAAUUAAUUUCUCCUCAAACUCUCUCUGUCAAGAAUAAUAAGAAACUGCUGACAAGUCAAGAUCUUCAGUUGCAAAGGCAAAUGAGAUCCAAAUCACAACGAAGUAGACAAGGACUUGUUGAUCGUGAAAGUACAGAUACUGCAAAGGCAGGGCCACGUGCACCAUCAAAUUCUGACACAUUUGUACCAGAAUCUGAUCAGUCAGCUCAUAGUUAUAAAGGAGGAACUGAGGUUAUUGCUAACAAUAAUGGAAAACAAUUACUAAAAUGCAAUUCUUCAGAACCAGAAACCAUAACACCAAAAUAUGUUUCUCAGGUGCCUGAUAAUACUCGUCUUUUGAACCAGUGUGAUUCUAUAAUGUUAAAUGGGAGAAUACCAACAAAUAAAAUAAUUGUCGCUAGUUCAGAGGGCCCUUUUCCAGGCAGAGGUGAUCUCACAGCACAUCAGUCUGAAGUGGCAGCUUUGAAAGAGGGAGAGCCUGAAUCCAACAGUGAUACAGAGGAUGAUAAUUUAUUUUUAACUCAAAAUGAUCCUGAAGAUAUGGAUAUGUGUUCACAAAUGGAGACUGCUACAGUCAUUGAAGUACUUUAUGGAAAAGAUACAUUUCAGAUAGACGACUCUGUAAGUCUGCCUCAGUUGCAGUCUUUGAGUAACAAAAAAUGUAAGCACAAAGAUUGUGUUGAAACCACAAAAAACCAGGGUGAUUACUGCUCAAAACACUCUGAAGCUAAAGCAACAGAUGAAGAUGUAUUUCGUAAACCUGGCUUGCCUCUUUCUGCAUCUAAACCUUUAAGACCUUCCACUACUAAAAUUUUUAGCUCAAGUAGUACUUCACGAAAUGCUAAUCUUUCCAAGUCUUUGGAAAAUACUUCAGCACUUCCACCAGCACUAAAAAAUAAAUCAAAUAGAGUGCAAUCUAUUGGGAAAGUACCACAGCCAGCCUCGGUGAUGCCUCAGAAGCCAAUGGGUGAUGGAAAGAGUUUGUGCAGCGUUCUUUCUCCAACUCCGGAUAAUUCCAACAGGCAAGGCUACAAACUUCCAUUUGGUGAAAGCAAGUCUUUUUUAGCUUCCUCUCCAGUAAACAGUCUCUCGUCAUCACAGUCCAUCUCUGAUACCUUCGUUAAAGAGAUCUUAAAAUGGAAAUAUGAAAUGUUUGUGAACUUUGAUCAGUGUGGGCCCCCAGCAAGUCUUUAUCGGUCCCUCUCAAGACCUGUGCCUGUCAGAUUUCAAGAUAGUGGAGAUUAUUUUAGUGUCUUUUUUCCUUUGAUGAUACUGAAUACUUUUGAAACAGUGGCACAGGAAUGGAUCAGUUCUCCAAAUAAAGAGACUUUCUGUCAGUUGCGUGUACGGAAAUUUCCUGCUGAUUAUAAAAAAUACUGGGAAUUUGUAGUUUAUCUUGAGGAAUGUGAACUGGCUAGACAGCUUCAUCCAAAGGAAAAUGACUUGGUGUUUUUGGUUCCUGAAAGACUAAACGAAGAGAAUAAUACAGAAGGAAAUCUCAUGCAAGAUCCCCAUGAAUAUUAUUGUGGUUAUGUUUAUAAAUUUCGCCGUACUUCAGUCAUGCGUAACGGGAAAUCUGAGUGUUGCGUUUCCAUCCAGACUCAAGACAAUUUGCCGGUCAAUUUAAAUGAACUUGUGAAAUGUAUUGUAAUCAGUUCUCUGGUAACUACACAAAGGAAGUUGAAAGCCAUGUCUCUGUUGAGUGGUCGGAACCAACUGGCCAGGGCUGUUCUGAAUCCAAACCCCAUGGACUUCUGUACAAAAGAUUUACUAACUACAACUUCUGAGAGAAUUAUUACCUACUUAAGAGAUUUCAAUGAAGACCAAAAGAAAGCAAUAGAAACUGCAUAUGCAAUGGUGAAACACUCACCAUCAGUUGCAAAAAUCUGUCUGAUUCAUGGACCACCUGGAACAGGAAAAUCAAAAACUAUUGUUGGCCUCCUAUACCGCCUACUGACAGAGAACCAGAGGAGGGGGUAUUCAGAUGAAAACUCCAAUGCCAAAAUCAAACAGAACCGUGUUCUUGUGUGUGCACCUUCCAAUGCAGCUGUUGAUGAACUUAUGAAAAAAAUUAUCCUCGAAUUCAAGGAAAAAUGUAAAGACAAGAAGAAUCCUUUGGGAAACUGUGGAGAUAUAAAUUUAGUACGACUGGGGCCGGAAAAGUCUAUUAAUAAUGAAGUUCUAAAAUUCAGUUUGGACAGCCAAGUUAACCACAGAAUGAAAAAGGACUUACCUUGUCAUGUUCAGGAGAUGCAUAAAAGAAAAGAGUUUUUAGAUCAUCAACUAGAUGAGCUUUCCCGCCAGCGUGCUUUGUGCCGAGGUGUAAGGGAAGUACAGAGGCGAGAAUUAGAUGAAAAAAUUGCCCAAGUUUCAAAAGAAAGGCAGGAACUUGCAUCUAAGAUUAAAGAGGUUCAAGGACGCCCACAAAAAACACAGAGUAUCAUCAUAUUAGAGUCCCAUAUCAUCUGCUGCACAUUGAGCACAAGUGGUGGUUUACUGCUUGAGUCUGCUUUUCGUGGGCAAGGGGGUGUCCCCUUCAGUUGUGUCAUUGUUGAUGAGGCUGGACAGUCUUGUGAAGUUGAGACGCUUACUCCACUCAUCCAUCGUUGCAACAAGCUCAUCCUAGUAGGAGAUCCUAAACAGCUCCCUCCCACAGUCAUUUCUAUGAAGGCACAGGAGUAUGGCUACGACCAGUCGAUGAUGGCUCGCUUCUGUAAGCUGCUGGAGGAGAAUGUAGAGCACAAUGUGAUCAGCAGACUGCCCGUUUUACAGCUCACUAUCCAGUACAGGAUGCACCCAGACAUAUGCCUCUUCCCUUCUAAUUAUGUUUAUAACAGAAACUUGAAAACAAACAGAGUGACUGAAACCAAUCGAUGUUCAUCAGACUGGCCAUUUCAACCUUACCUUGUGUUUGAUGUCGGAGAUGGUUCAGAAAGACGGGAUAAUGACUCAUAUGUUAAUGUUCAAGAAAUAAAGUUGGUGAUGGAAAUAAUUAAACUUAUUAAAGACAAAAGAAGGGAUGUUACUUUCCGAAACAUUGGCAUAAUAACCCAUUACAAGGCUCAGAAGAUGAUGAUUCAGAAGGAUUUGGACAAAGAGUUUGAUAGAAAAGGACCAGCAGAAGUAGAUACGGUGGAUGCAUUCCAGGGUCGUCAGAAGGAUUGUGUUAUUGUUACAUGUGUCAGAGCAAAUGCCUCGCAAGGCUCGAUUGGAUUCCUGGCAAGUUUGCAGAGAUUGAAUGUCACCAUUACACGAGCCAAGUACAGCCUCUUCAUCUUGGGACAUUUGAGGACUCUGAUGGAAAAUCCACAUUGGAAUCACCUGAUUCAGGAUGCUCAGAAGCGUGGUGCCAUUAUUAAGACCUGCGACAAAAACUACAGGCACGAUGCAAUGAAGAUUCUGAAACUGAAGCCUGUACUGCAGAGAAGUCUGACUCACCCUCCUCCUGUAGCCCCAGAGGUGUCCCAACCCCAGGGUGACUUGCGCAGCAACAAACUAGACAGUGGACUCGCCAAGACAUCUUACUCUUCUCCUCUUUGUCACAGUCCCGAUGACUCCAAGGAAGCUACUGUUACUGUUACUUCAAAGGACCCUGAAAGGCCUCCUGUUCAGGACCGACUUCGGGACCCAAGACUACUUAGAAGACUGGGCUCUGAGGCCAUAGAGAAACUGCUAAGAAAUCCACAGUCUUUGAGCCCCCAGCAUUCUGGAGCAGCAGCUCCUACAGGAGAGCCAGACUUUCCUAUAACUUACCAGGAUCUUGGUACUACUGUGCAGCAGUCCACUGCUAAAGUAGCCACUCCGAGCAACCACAGACCUCACAUGCAAUGUGGACUUCCAGCUGCUAGUACGGAUGUUUCCACAAGUAAAAGGAAAUGUGACCAGGAAGGAGGACUCAGCCACAGAAGAGAGACCAGGGCUUUCAGUGAAGGGGAACAGGAAAUGUAUAGCUCUAUGACCUAUCACGCAAUGAGGAACUCUGACUGGGACAGGAGGAGACUGGAGAAGGAGGACAGUAGUUCAAAGAAAAGAAAGCUUUUAUAGCGAAGCCAGAUGACAUGAACUAUCAGCCACAAGCAUUACUGUAAACUUACGACGACCAACUAAUAGGACUAUCCAGAUAAGAUUAUUUUUUCUAAAGAAGUUUGUAUGCUGUUGAAAAACAUGGAAAAUGUAUCCUAACACCUGAGGCUCUUGGUCAACUUCAGUCCUUUUUGUUGGUUCCAAAAGCUUUCAGAGGACAUUUGUGUAUCAGUAAUAAUCUCCUUGAAGUCAGAGACUGGCUGAAAAUGUAGAAAAGGAGGUCAAACUGGAGUGAAUGUUGUGAAAGUUGAAAUGUAUAUUUGUAUAGCAAAUAACAAAAUCCUUUUAAAAUUUAAUCUGGUAGACCGCGUUUCUUUCCCCUGCAUAAAAUGUUAAUCAUUUUUCAACAGAACAAACUUUUUUUUAAAAAAAGAGUAGCAAGAGAAGGGCAGGCCCUUUCAGCCAUUCUUAUGGCAAGACGGAUUUCUUUAACAGCUUGAGUUACUCGGAAUAACCUUUGUUAGGGCUAGUGGGUCAGAUGUCUUUUGUUCUAUUUAAAAAACAACUGGAGUCUGUCUCCUGAGGAAGACCUGGUUGAAGUGCAGUUGUGUUAGGUGAAGUUCUGCUGAUGUUGUACAUUUGUAAACAAGGCACAUUGGCACAGGAUGUUACAUUUCUGCGAGGAGUACAUCUACCUAUUUAGUGAGCACCUAGGUCUCUGUCUGAAAUCCUUAUUCUUGUGGAGAAUAUCAGACGCCUCAGCCUGUUGUCAGCUGGUGUGUCAGUCAGUGGUUACCAGAUGCUAGCUUAGUUGCUUGUUAAGGCUUGCAGAUUGGCAGGAGAAUCUCUAAUUAGUUAUAGGUAGAGCCUGGGAAGCUGUAUGGUAAACACCUCAAAGAAUUCUGAUUACCAGGCUGCUCGGGAACCACUAAAACCCACUGGGGCUGGCCAAAUAUUUUAGGCAGGAAAGAAGCACCUUUUUUAAAAAAAAAAAAAGGUAGUAAAGAGUGUAAAUACAAGGGGUUCACAACUAGAAA